GCGUCAGUGCGACUGCGCGCCAGCCGAGUGCCGCGGUUCUUGACUUCGCUGCGCCGGGUGUCGGAGGUAGCCAUGCAGAGAGCAGAGCCGGAGCAGCCUGCUAAGCGGCCCCGCUGCGAUGGCAGCCCAAGGACUCCACCGAGCACCCGUCCUGCAGCGACGAGCGCGUCUCCGUACUUGGACAUCCGAAAGUGGGAGCCCGAGGACGUGUGCUCCUUCUUAAAGGAGUGUGGCUUCCGAGAGGAGAAAGUGCUGGACAGCUUCAGAGGAAAUAAAGUCAAUGGCUCAUUUCUGCCCUUUUUGGAUGAGAAAAGUCUGGAAAAUCUUGGAGUAAGUUCCUCGGAAGAGAGGAAGAGGAUGAUUGACUGUAUCAAAACACUGCCUCAAUCUCACAUUGAUCUAAUGAAGGUGUUUAAUGAUCCCAUUCAUGGCCACAUUGAGUUCCACCCCCUCCUCAUCCGAAUCAUUGACACACCCCAGUUCCAGCGGCUCCGAUACAUCAAGCAGCUGGGAGGCGGCUACUAUGUCUUCCCCGGAGCUUCUCACAACCGGUUUGAACACAGUCUAGGGGUGGGGUACCUGGCAGGAUGCCUUGUACGAGCACUCGCUGAAAAACAGCCAGAGCUGCAGAUCAGUGAGCGGGAUAUUCUCUGCGUUCAGAUUGCGGGACUGUGCCACGACCUCGGUCAUGGGCCAUUUUCUCAUAUGUUUGAUGGAAGAUUUAUCCCGCUUGCUCGCCCAGAUAAAAAGUGGAGGCACGAACAGGGCUCGACUGAGAUGUUUGAGCAUCUGGUUAAUUCUAACGGACUCAAAGAUGCCAUGAAAAACUAUGGUCUCGUCCCUAAAGAAGAUAUUACCUUUAUCAAGGAACAAAUUAUGGGGCCACCUGAAACACCUGAAGAUCAUUCGUGGCCAUAUAAGGGACGCCCAGCCAAGAAGAGCUUCCUCUAUGAGAUAGUGGCUAACAAGAGAAGUGGCAUUGAUGUGGACAAGUGGGAUUACUUUGCCAGGGACGGUCACCAUCUCGGAAUCCAAAAUAACUUUGAUUACAAGCGCUUUGUUAAGUUUGCACGUGUCUGUGAAGUGGAGGACAAGAAGCACAUUUGUACGAGAGAAAAGGAGGUUGGAAAUCUCUACGACAUGUUCCACACACGCAGCCGCCUGCACCGAAGAGCCUACCAGCACAAGAUCAGCAACCUCAUCGAUAUGAUGAUCACGGAAGCUCUCCUCAAAGCAGACCCCUACGUGGAGAUUAUGGGGACUGCCGGGAAGAAGUUUCGUAUUUCCAUGGCCAUUGACGACAUGGAAGCCUUCACCAAGCUGACAGAUAACAUUUUCUUGGAGAUUUUAUACUCUACUGACCCAAACUUGUCUGAGGCACAAAGUAUUUUAAGGAACAUUGAACACCGUAAUCUAUACAAGUAUUUGGGUGAGACCCAGCCAAAAAGCCAGAAGAUUGGAAAGGAAGAAUAUGAACAGCUUCCCCAAGAAAUUGCUAAUGCCAAACCUGUCGUCACACCUGACACCAAACCUGAUGCCGUGCUACUGGGUGCCAACCUGAAGGCCGAAGAUUUUAUAGUGGAUGUUAUCAACGUGGAUUACGGGAUGGAAGACAAGAAUCCAAUAGAUAAUGUUUACUUCUAUUCUAAGAGUGACAGCAAGAAAGCAUUCACGAUCUCCAAAGAUCAGGUGUCACAACUGCUGCCACAGAAAUUUGCAGAGCAGCUCAUUCGAGUGUACUGUAAGAAGAAAGACAACAAGAGCAUUCAUGACGCCUGGCAAUAUUUCACUCAGUGGUGUGCGGACAGGGACUUUACCAAGCCACAGGAUGGUGACAUUAUAGCUCCACUUAUAACACCUCUGAAAUGGAAUAAAAAUAAUUCAUCUUGUCGCCAAGAAGCAUCCAAAGCCAGAACAUGUCUAAAUUUUAAGUGAAUGCCUGCAACUGGUUCUUUUCAAAAACAUCUUCCCCCUUCAUAAUCAAGUUAGGAAAUAUAAUCAUAGAGCCCACUAGUGAUUUUUAUUUAGCAUUCUGAAUGUAUGUUCAUGCUGAAGGGUAAGUUGUUUUUAUUCAAAAUGAAAAUUUUGCGAUAUAUACUAUGGUGAGUUGAAUAAGAAUGGCCUCCUAAGUGCAUAUAAUUCGGUGUUUAGUCAUCAGGGAAUGGAAGGACUAGGACUUGGUUGAAAGGACUAGAAGGAUCAGGAGGUGUGGCCUUGUUGGAGGAAGUGUGUCACUGAAGGUGGGCUUCAAGGUUUCAAAAGUCAAUCUAGUCUCUCCCUCCCUCCAUCCAUCCAUCCCUCUCUCUCUCUGUCCCUACCUCUUUCCCUUCCUCCGUUCCUUUCCCUCUUUCCCCUCCCUCUUAUCCACCCUCCUUCCCUCCCUCCCUCUGCCCGUGGAUGAGGAUGUAGCCCUCAGAUACUGCUCCAGCACCAUGCUCUGUGCGAUGAGGAUGGUGAGUUGCGCCUCUAAGGCUGUAAGCCAGUCCCCAGUUAACUGCUUCCUUUUAUAAGAGUUGCCUUGGUCAUGGUGUCUCUUGACAGCACUAGAACAGUGACCAAGACACGUACCAUGAAAAGCAUUAGCUUAUGUAUUUCUAACAUUAAUCGAAGCCUUUCUCCUUUAGCAACCUAUUUUUUCAGGAUAACUCUCCCAUCUAUUCUGAACUCUCAGGACAAAUGACUGUUUUUAAUUUAGAAAUUGAGAUAAGGGCACAGAUUAGAAUUCAAGGUUGAAACUGCCAUGCACCAUGUGUUUAAAAAAAUAAACCAAAUCCUACCCCUCCCCACCUUGAAGAGGUUUCUGUCACCCUGUUCCCCCAGGAAAGAAAGCUACCACUCCCUUCCAGCCCUGUUAGGUGCCAGGCUGGGGAGCAUGGGGAGCCGCUGAGAGUGUGGCAGGCAAGGACUUUCCCAUUGACCUCAGCUGCACCCCGGUCUUUCUAGUACAGCUCCCCCUGCCCUCACACCAGGCUCUCCUGAGACUGUUAGGACUCCAGACAAGAUCAGCUUCUUCGCACCUGAAACCACUCCAGCUCCAAGGGACACACCCUUGCCAGCCAGGGGACAGACUUCCACCUCAUCUGAGUUGAACUGGUCAGCUGCUCUGAGAGCACAGACCCCACCCUCUGGCUGCUCUCCCCCAGGACCUCACCUCGCCUGCCUCAGUGUGUGUACGGGUUUCAGAACAUUCUGGACUGCCUUUGUGAGUCCAGCGGCUGCCCAUUGGGCCCUCGGUUCCCUGUGUGGCCUCUGGAGCCACUGUGGCUCCCCCUGCUGCUCCCCUCGCCCCCACUCUGCACAGCUUCACCAAGAACUGAGUCCGGUUGUGGAACCAGAAAUGCUGGCAGCCACAGGCGGUAGGGACAGAGGCAGGAGCUGCGGGUUGGCAUCUCAGUGAUGAUAAGUGAGAUGGCAGCCCAGGCAGUGGGCAGCUCGAGUUCACCAGCUGUGCCCCCUCUCCUGGGUGGCCAGGUUCGCUUUUGUCCACUCGUGGGUGAAGAAUAUUGGUGUGUGUGUCCCUAUGGGCUCAGAAAUGCACAAGAGAGGUGCCAGCUUGCCCUGCUGGCCGUGAUGCCUCCAUUACUCAGGGAGCCAGCCAGAGCCCCCUCUUCGUGUACACAGAGUCAAGAUGAAGAACUGUAUAUUUUUCUGCUGGUGCUGUUGUUGUUUUGCCAGUCUGUUUUUUAACCAUUAGAGUUUAUUCUGGAAUUUUGUAGUCCUAAUUUUGUACUAUGCCAUCUGGGAAACAAUUUUGACCCCUUUUAUGCACAAGCAGCUGUGUCUGUGCCUUUGAAGCUGUUUUCAUUGUGUGUACCUAUGUCAUUUACAAGACCGCAUAAAAAUGGAGAUCUUUAACA